AUGGUUGAGCCCAGCCCUCCAGCGCUGCACCUCCUCUCCGGUGGGGAUGUCAGCAUGGCAGGCGUUGGUGUCAAAGUAGAACAGGAGGAGUCCAGCGAAGGAGGUGGAGUCAUUACCAAUGACGAACUUCCUAAGACAUCUCCCUUGCGUGAUUGGUCUGGGAAUCAGCCACUGGAGGCCCGCCAGUUGACCCCGCCGCUGUCCCGCUCCCCUUCGGAGGGCUCUCCAGGUAAGGAGCUGCCUCACAGGCAAAGCCCCAUGGGACUGAAGGAGGUCAGGACACAUGAUCGACCAGAAGGACAAUCCAGCUUCAAGGAAGUAAUGCCUACCAUUGAGAAGCUGCUGAAUGCUGACUGGAAGGAGAAACUUCUGGAUAAAAGCACAGUGAGGGCAGGACAACUGAAAGGUACCCCCGAGUCCCUGGCGGAGAAGGAGCUCCAGCUGUUGAUGAUGAUCAACCAGCUGAGCGGUCUGAGGGAGCAGCUACUGGGAGCCCACUCUGAGCAGAGGAACAUGGCCGCCCUGCUGCUGGAGAAACAGCAGCAGCAGAUGGAGCUGGCUCGACAACAGCAGGAACAGAUCGCCAAGCAGCAGCAGCAGCUGAUCCAGCAGCAGCACAAGAUCAACCUGCUUCAGCAGCAGAUCCAGCAGGUAAACAUGCCCUACGUGAUGAUCCCGGCUUUCCACCCCAACACCCAGCCCCUCUCGGUCAGCUCUGACCCCCAGAUGACCCUGCCACUGCAACCAAUCCCCUGCAAGCCAGCUGUGGACUAUCCCAUGCAGCUGCUACCAAACCCUCAUCCCACCCCCGUCAAGAGGAGCAGUGGUUCCUUCCGACAGGAAGCCAGUCAACCCUUGAACCUGACCUCCAAGCCGAAGGGGCUGGAGCUGGGGAAAACACCCAGUCCACAGAGCCUGGAGCUGGGAUCGCUGGGGCUGCAGGGGGCCUACAGACCCAGAGAUCUUCAGAGAGAAGUGUCCCACAGUCCGCCACGAUCUGCCCUCAGUUUCCUCGGAGACGGUGAUGUGGUCACCCAGGCCAUCCAUGAUGCACAGCAGCUCCUGAGGGGCCACAGCAGCGGAGGGCGAGAGAGGGAGCGAGACAGGGAGAGAGAGAGAGAUGGCGGGGGAAAGAUGGAUUAUAAAGAUUCUUCACACAGUGAGAGAAUCUCUCACUCCGAGCGGGGUGAAGACAGACAUGGCCUGCCGUCCACUGAGGACCACCUCAGCAGCGACUCUGAGGGUGCCCUGCCCGUUUCGGUCCCAGGCAGCUACGCUGAGGCCCGGCCCCCUCCCUCCUCAGGCCACAUCAAGAGACCCAUGAAUGCCUUCAUGGUGUGGGCCAAGGACGAGCGCAGGAGGAUCCUGCAGGCCUUCCCUGACAUGCACAACUCCUCCAUCAGCAAGAUCCUGGGUUCCAGGUGGAAGGCCAUGUCCAACCAGGAGAAGCAGCCUUACUAUGAAGAGCAGGCGAGGCUGAGCCGGCAGCACCUGGAGCGCUACCCCGACUACAAGUACAAACCCCGACCCAAAAGGACCUGCAUUGUGGAGGGACGGAGGCUGAGGGUGGGAGAGUACAAGGCCAUGAUGAAGAGCCGCCGGCAGGAACAGAGAGCGACCUACACACACAGUCAAACGGAGCCUCAGCAGAUCCACUACUCCCACAGCGAUGGCCAGUACCCAGGCAGCACUGGCUCAGUCUCCGUGGCAACCAUGCCCUUUCACCCCGCGUUGCUGGAGCAUUACCUACCGCAGGUCCCGCCCGCCCCGCGUCGAGCGGAGGGCCAUUCCACGCCCACUUCCCUGUCCAGAGAGAGAGAGAGAGAACGAGAGAGGGAGCGACCUCCCUACAGCGAGGGGGAGGAAAGCGAUGGGGGAGAAAGGAGUGAGGGAGAACUGGUGCUCCUGACAGACUGA